UCCCAACGCUGUCACGCUGCUCUUUCUUCUUUUUAUCUAGUCCUGCAGGCACUUACGGUGGUGGGUUUGGGCUUUCGUUUUGCUUUCUGUUCUGAGGGUUUGGGUUUUCUGCAAACUGAGUAAAAUGGCAAGAGACGGACCGCAAGCUAAAAAAGCCAAGCUGGAGAGAGCAACCUCGCAAGAGGAACAGGAGAAAAGUCAAGAUCAGCCAGGUGAAAACAGCCUCUUUGGAAUGGGCAACCCUUUGCUUGACAUAUGUGCAACAGUGGACAAAGACUUUCUGGACAAGUAUGGGUUGAAAGUAAAUGACCAAAUCCUGGCUGAAGAAAAGCAUGUAAAGAUGUUUGAAGAACUUGUCAAAAAAUUUAAAGUGGAAUACCAUGCGGGUGGUUCAACCCAGAACUCUGUUAAAGUAGCCCAGUGGAUGAUUCAGAAACCAUAUAAAGUUGCAACAUUCUUUGGCUGCAUCGGAACAGAUAAGUUUGGUGAGAUUCUGAAGAAGAAGGCCGAAGAAGCCCACGUGGAUGCUCAUUACUAUGAGCAGAGUGAACAGCCGACGGGAACUUGUGCAGCAUGCAUUACUGGAGACAACAGGUCCCUUGUUGCUAACCUUGCUGCUGCAAACUGUUACAAAAAGGAAGAACAUCUAGAUCUUGAGAAAAACUGGAAACUGGUGGAAAGGGCCAACGUUUAUUAUAUAGCGGGCUUCUUCAUAACUGUGUCCCCUGAGUCUAUCCUGAAGGUUGCUAAACACGCUUCAGAAAAGAACAAAGUUUUUGGUUUGAACCUCUCUGCACCAUUCAUUAGCCAGUAUUUUAUGAAGCCAUUGAUGGAAAUUAUGCCUUAUGUAGAUAUUCUCUUUGGAAAUGAGACGGAUGAAGACAUCAAGGAGAUUGCAAAGAAGGUGCAAGCCUUGCCAAAGCAGAAUCAGAAAAGGCAACGAAUUGUAGUCUUCACCCAAGGGAAGGAGGAUACUAUAGUUGCCACAGCUACUGAAGUGAAGGCAUUCCCUGUAAUAGACAUUGACCAGAAUGCAAUAGUCGAUACUAAUGGAGCUGGAGAUGCAUUUGUGGGGGGAUUCCUUUCUCAGCUGGUCUAUGAACGAGACCUAGAUCAAUGUAUUCGAGCAGGCCAUUACUCUGCAAAUGUCAUUAUUCAGCGUUCCGGAUGCACGUUCCCAGAGAAGCCGUCUUUUCACUGAUAACCGAAAACCUGGAAUAUUUCAAAUUCAAGCAACAAUUUUAUUAUUUUUUUUUUUUAGAUGGGAGAAGGUCCCUUACCCAUAUACUGCCCCCCCUUUUUAUUUUAGCCUGCAUAAGGAAUUCUGUACUUGUUACCUUAAUUUUGCAAUAUCUGUAUUGUAUUAUAAAGAUUUGUUGUCAUCUUGAGUUACCUUACAAAUAUGCCACUCUGCUUCUGGUUGGUUUUGUUGACAUUUUGAUCCUGGUCAUUUAAAGAACAUAAAAACAAUAUUCCUAAUUUCUUAGGUAGCCAGGUUAUAGAUUAGGCAAAGUAGUUCACUGUUUUAAAACAUUUGAUCCCCACUGUCUGUCUAUAAAAUAGCUAGUAAAAUCACAGUAUAGAGUUGUUACAUUAAACAACAUAGCAUUGCUUUAAAAAAUGCAAGUUUACUAUAAUUACGUGCAAGGUGAUUAUUAAUGCUGAAAAUCUAGGUCUUCUGACACUGGUCCACAACAAUAAUUUUGAAAGUAUAUGAAAUCAUUAAUUUUAUAUUAGAAAAGAAGGAUCUUAUUCUUGCUGGGGGUGACACAGCUUAGAACCUGAGUAAUCUUGCCACUGCAAACAUUUUCUUUAAAGAAUAACCAUAUACUGGUUUAAGUUGGAUGUGAAGAUCAGCCAAGUACAUUUAUUUAGCUGACAAAUUGUGUUUGAACAGCUGUCACAGUUCAGUGUAGUUGUUAACCAGUUAUCCUGACAGUUUUACUGUGCAGUGGUGAACUUUUUUGUGGCAUUAGAAACUGGUUUCUAUGAAGUGUUGUGUAAUCACUGGACCAGCCUUGCAGAUGAUUUUUUUUAACCAUAUUUGCUGCUGUUACCUGCAGCUCCCCUUUUUCAUUGAUAGCGGUUUCCUUUUAAUGUUUUAAGCAUCACAGAGCAGUACGUUUGAGGCUACUAGCCUGGUCAGUAUGAGCAACAAAAACAAAAGAAGCAGGUUGAACCUCCCUCUCAAAAGUGACUGAUUUUUUUUUUUCCUGUUGUCUUGGUCUGAUGCUCUGUUUAACUGUCAUACAGCUUCACAGGUCAUUGUAGUUAUCCUUUGCAGUAAAUACUGCUGUGAAUCAGAACUCAACUUUUAAAUAUCUUUUCUUAACACACUUAAAAAUGAAAUAUUUGGUUAUUGUAAAUCACUGUUGCACAGAUUGAAGUUCACAGACUCCGAUAUGUUGGAUUAGCCCUGCUUUCGGAAAUGCUGUCAGAAAUAUUAUUUUUGAAGUAUGAGGCUAAAGUAUGUCUUUUAGUAUAAUGUUCAGUAAGAUUUAGAUUAUGAACCAGAACUUUCUAUAUUUAUAUUAACUAAAAUUCGCUGGUCAUGUGACUUCUACAGUUCACUUCUGAACAUCCCUAAUUUGUCUCAUAUGUGUAGCAAUAGUAGAAGCGCUCUCUGUUUUCCAUAGUUAGUGCAGCUUUGAACCUCUGAUCUGCUUUUCAUCGUCAUUAUUGGUUUCAAGUAUAUGGGAACAAGUCAGACGUUUUUCAGGCACUGACAGGUGAUCAUGUUUAUAUAUUGUACACUUCCACAUUCUUCAUUCAUGAACUAUGUGGGGAAACCAUUUAAUGUUUUCUUAUUUAUCAUGUUGGCUUUUGAUUUAAUGUUUUUUCCUUGAAGUAUCUAUCAGCUGAAAAUAAUAUUUGGGUUAACUUAUUCUUAAAGUACAGAGGCAUUUAUUGACAUUUAUGCAGGCUGUCUUAUGUAACAUACCAAAUCAAGUCUGCCAUCUGCCAAACGCACAGUUUUAAAACUCAAAUGGUAUAUAAAUGAUGUACUGUUUUUUUAUUACAGUGAAAAAUCAAUCACUGUAUGAGAGAUGCAUUCAAAAUGUACUUGUCAAUUGAUGACAAAUAAAUACCAUAAUUGUCAUA